AUGGGGACGCCAGGAGAAGGCCGCACUACGCUCAGCGAUGUAACGAACAUACCUACUCCAGGAGUGCAAGAAUCACCAUUUCAGACGGGGAAUUCCGGAAUUUUUACUGGCCCAACCUCGGUUCAGGACAAAGAAAAUCAAACCCCAUGCGAAGCUUCGGAAUGGUUGCGUCGAAAUGAUAACUACAUCAGACCAAGGCAACAAGUAUGUGGGGAUAUCGCAAUGGAGCCAUCUGCUCAGAUGGUUCAGGAUUCAGAUGGGACACCAGCUCUUCGCACGUUACAUGCAAACAUCGAUCGGGUAGAUGAAUAUGACACUACCUUGUUCCAGCCGGCAAACAACGAUAUACAAGAAUCUGAUGACGAAGGAGAUCCCCGAGAAGACAUGGAACAUCAGAGCGAUGACGACGAAGCUAGGCAAUUCCACAGCGAAGAUGACCGAUAUGAGUCAUACCGUAUAUAUGCCAAUGGUGUUGCUGGUACUGACGCUGAUGAUCCGUACGACUAUGUCUACCAUGAUAUACCAGACCAGCACCAUGUUUUGAAAAAGGUGCCUAAUUGCAGAAACUGUGGGGCCAUACGGUUUGAAUAUGAACCGCUAGGGUUUUGCUGCAGAAGUGGAAAGGUUAAAGUGCAUAUUCCUGAAGUGCUGGCUGAUUUAAAAAGGUUAUUUACUAGCCAGGUAGAUGCUGAUGCAAAGUAUUUCAGAAAACACAUACGUUACUUCAACUCUCAUUUCUCUUUCACGACCCUUGGGGUUAGUGUGGAUCGUCGUGUUGCCACCGCAGCAGGCACUGGUAUCUAUACAUUCUGGGUGCAAGGUUCCUUGUACCACCGACUUCACCACUUGGUGCCAGGUUCCAAAGGGCCACGUCACAUGCAACUAUAUUUUUAUGAUACAGAUGAUACCUUAGCACAUAGGACAUGGAGAUCUCCUGACCUGGAUAUCAACCUCAUAAGAAAUAUUCUUAGGAUAUUAGUGGACAAUCCUUAUGUUCAAACAUUCAAGAGGGUUGGGGCCAUACCAAAUCUUGAUGACUAUGUAAUUGAGCUAAACACCAAUGUCACGCCUGACCAAAGGAGGUACCUUCUCUACCACACUACAUGA